UGCAUAAGUUGAGCCUCUCUACAGUAAUAUAUUUUGUAUCGAUAGAAUUUCUGGCCUGGUUGGCGACCCCGCCCUUUUGUUCAUGGAAAAAAAGUUAAUAGUAUGUAGCUAGCUAGAUUGGCGAUUGCAAAGAUGAGCACGAGGCAUGGGGCUAGUUAGCUCCACAGCCACACUAUAAAAAUGCACAUAUCCUAAGCGUAGUCAGCGAACACUUUGUCUCUAUCGCUCUUAAUUUCAGUCUUCGCACCUCUUUUAUUUUCGAAAGGCCGGAUGGCACUAGACGAAACACAGUCCGACAAAACUCUCCAAGAUGCUUGGGACUACAAAGGCCGCCAGGCCACCCGAUCCACCACCGGUGGCUGGACGGCUGCCGCCAUGAUUCUAGGUGUUGAAGCUUGCGAAAGGUUGACGACUCUAGGCAUUGCCGUGAACUUGGUGACUUACUUAACAAGUAGCAUGCAUUUAGGCAAUGCUAGCUCCGCCAACACAGUCACCAAUUUUCUCGGAACCUCCUUUAUGCUGUGUUUGCUUGGUGGUUUCGUAGCGGACACUUUCCUCGGAAGGUACCUCACCAUUGCAAUUUUCACGACCAUUCAAGGGAUUGGUGUGACAGUCUUGACAAUCUCGACCACAAUCCCGAGCCUACGUCCUCCGAAAUGCAAUACGGGUUCAUCCUCUUGUGUCCCAGCAGACGGUAUGCAACUCGGCGUUCUAUACACAGCCCUAUACCUCACUGCACUCGGAACCGGUGGGUUAAAAUCCAGCGUUUCGGGCUUCGGAUCGGAUCAAUUCGACGACACGAACCAACAAGAGAAAAACCAAAUGACCAGUUUUUUCAACUGGUUCUUUUUCUUCAUCAGCAUCGGAUCACUAGCAGCUGUUUCGGUUCUUGUUUACAUACAAGAUAACGUUGGGAGGCGUUGGGGUUACGGUAUUUGCGCGUGCGCAAUAGUUCUCGGGCUCCUCGUGUUCGUGUCGGGUACAAAAAGAUACCGGUUCAAGAAACUUGUGGGCAGCCCGUUAACCCAGAUUGCUACGGUGUUUGUGGGUGCUUGGAGGAAGAGGAAACUGGAAGCUCCGUCUGAUUUCACAGUCUUGUUCAAUAUUGAUGACAUUGAAAAUGAAGGCUCAAAGAAGAAGCAAAAGCUACCACAUAGUGAACAGUUCUGCUUCUUGGAUAAGGCUGCCAUCAUAAAUGCUGAUAACAAAAUGAGCACCAACAAGAAUGGUGUGGUGGAUAAAUGGUCCCUCUCGACUCUAACAGAUGUCGAAGAAGUGAAAUUGGUGAUCAGAAUGCUACCCAUUUGGGCCACCACAAUAAUGUUCUGGACAGUUCAUGCCCAAAUGACCACAUUCUCAGUGUCACAAGCCACAACCAUGGACCGUCACAUUGGCAAAUCAUUCCAAAUCCCCCCAGCAUCCCUGGCCAUUUUCUUCGUCGGCACCAUCCUCUUAACCGUCCCCGUUUACGAUCGAAUCAUCUCUCCGAUCGCCAAAAAACUGCUGAAAAAUCCACAGGCUCUAACCCCGUUACAGCGUAUCGGGGUCGGCCUCGUUCUCUCAAUACUUGCCAUGGUUUCGGCAGCACUAAUCGAGAUCAAAAGACUAAACAUUGCGCGGUCACAUAAAUUAGUUGAUCAUUCGGAUGUCAUCAUACCCAUGAGCGUAUUCUGGCUAGUGCCGCAGUUUUUCUUUGUGGGUGCGGGUGAGGCAUUUAUGUAUAUAGGGCAGCUAGACUUUUUCCUCAAAGAGUGUCCUAAAGGGAUGAAGACCAUGAGCACGGGGCUGUUUCUAAGCACACUUUCACUAGGGUUUUUCUUUAGCUCCGUGUUGGUUACAAUUGUUCACAAGAUCACUGGCAAUAAGCCAUGGCUGGCCGAUAAUCUUAACCAAGGGAAGCUCUAUAACUUCUAUUGGCUGGUAGCCAUUUUGAGUAGUUUCAAUAUGGUUCUGUUCCUGCUGGGGGCUAAUUGGUAUGUGUACAAGGACAAGAGGCUUCUUGAAGAGGGAAUUGAGUUGGAAGAGGAAGAAUCUGCAGCUUACCAUGCAUAAAUAUAUAUAGUCUUGUAUUUUCCACAUAUAGAAUAAUUUUGGUGAUUUAUUUGCCAUGUGUAACUAAGGUUGUAUGUUUAGCAUAUUGUACAAAUAAUAUGGGAAUGUAUUUUGGAGGGUUUUUGAGAAAAGUUUCAACUGAAAGUUCAAAGGUUGGUCGUUUUUUAUCUCUUUAAAUAAAAAGUAGAGGUAAUCUUUUACAUGAUA